CUGGCCGCCCCCUUUUCAAUCAUCCAGCCAAAUCCACCUUAGCUUCGCUUCCUCCCCGUCUACUUCUGCUCUGAACCCAAAUCCCAAAUCCCGAAUCCCGAAUCCCCAAACCCGCCGGCGAUGGCUCGCGGCAGCCGCUCCGGGAGGAACGGCGGCGGCGGCGGGUGCGCGAGCUGCUGCCUGGGGUUCCUGCUCAAGUUCCUCGCCUUCCUCCAGGCCUUCGCCGCCGUCUCCGCCGUCCUCUACGCCGCCUCCAUCCUCUCCCGCUGGGCGCGGCACCACGAGCUGCACUUCGACCGCCUCCUCCCUGACCUCUGGUUCGCGUGCGCCGUCAUGGCCGCCGGCCUCCUCUACUGCGCCAUCCUCCUCGCGGGCUACGUCGCCGCCGAGGUCAACAGCGGGUGCUGCCUCUGCUUCUAUACCAUCCUGGCCAUGGCGAUGAUGCUGCUAGAAGCUGCCGUGGCCGGCCACCUCCUCCUCAACGAGCACUGGAUGCAGGAUCUGCCGUAUGACCGCACGAGAGAGCUCGAGAACCUCGUCUCCUUUGUCAACAACAACCUCGACCUCUGCAAAUGGGCUGCUCUCGCUACCGUCGCCACACAGGCGUUCUCGCUUUUCUUGGCAAUUACUCUACGAGCCAUGGUUUCGUCCACCAAUGCGGACUUUGACAGCGACGAAGAUUUUGUGGUCAUAAGGAGGCCGCUGCUUCUUGCCCAAGGUGCUCCAGCCUAUCUCCCUACCACGGCCGACCCUAGAGGUGCCCACCCUGGCCUAUGGAGCUCAUCGAUGAGGCAAAAGUAUGGAUUGAACUCCACAAGCGACUACACCUACAACACACUGGAUCAAAAUGCAGUACCACCACAGUGAGAAUCUGCGCGACUGAUGACGAAGUACAUAUCAUAUAUGCAGUACACAAGUCAUAUGUUGCAAUAUGCCAUGGUGUAAUGGGCACUGUAUACAUUUGUACGCCCAGUUAUUCUGUGAAUCUCGGUUGUACAUAGUUCCAUCAUUACUACUCCCUCCGUUCGGAAUUACUUGUCUCGGAAAUGAAUGUAUCUAGAACUAAAAUACGUCUAGAUACAUCCAUUUUCGCGACGAGUAAUUCCGAACAGAGGGAGUAGUAAAGAACAUAUGUGUGAAUGGCUGCCCUGGUUGGCUGGCUGCUAUUUCUUCGAGAUCCGCUUACUAGUGCUGAAUCUGGAGCAAAUCCACAACUCAGUCAUUGUGACAGCCAGGAGAUGGCCGUAUGUAAAAAAAUAGUCUAUCUUGUUGGAUGUCUUGGGUUGGCUGGUUUCUUCAAUGUAGCCAAAGAGAUGGAUGAGCAAGAACGGCAGUAUUUGCAUUGGAUGUGUAUUAAGUUAGAUAUAGCAGUUAGUAAAAAAAUGUAAGGUAAUGUUAGUACAAUUUUCAUGUGGAUGAUGACAUCAUUAAAAUGCUUUCUUGGGCCAAA